GAUACGGAAUGGCGAUACGGUUUCGAAGUCGAUUACGAGAACAAUCAGUUUUUAUUAGAUGGAAAACCCUUUCGAUAUGUUUCCGGUAGUUUUCAUUAUUUUCGAGCGCCUAGACAAUAUUGGAGGGAUCGUUUAAGAAAAAUGCGAGCUGCGGGACUUAAUGCUGUCUCCACAAAUUUUACUAUUUUUACAGAUUUCAUGAGAUAUGCUACAUCAUAUCUAAAUCAGGUGUUGGAAAAAGUAAAGCCACUUUUAAGAGGUAAUGGAGGACCAAUAAUUAUGGUUCAGGUAGAAAACGAAUACGGAAGUUACAAUGCUUGUGACACUGAGUACUUGGACAUGUUGAAAGAAGUUUUUGUUAGAAAAAUUGGCGAUAAAGCUCUUCUGUACACAACCGACGGCGGAAGCUUAUCUUACAUUCGCUGCGGAUACAUACCUGGAGUAUAUGCCACCGUUGAUUUUGGAACGUCUGCAAACGUGACUAGCAGUUUUCAAGCUAUGCGCUUUUAUCAGCCGAGAGGUCCGUUGGUGAAUUCUGAAUUCUACCCAGGUUGGUUAACGCAUUGGGGAGAGACUUUCCAAAGGGUAAAAACGGGAGCUGUUACAAAAACGUUAAGAGAAAUGCUCGCUGUAGAUGCUUCCGUUAACUUUUAUAUGUUUUACGGGGGUACAAACUUUGGUUUCACUUCGGGAGCUAACGGUGGAGCAGGCGUAUACAGUCCACAAUUGACUUCGUACGAUUACGAUGCUCCUUUAACCGAAGCUGGAGAUCCGACAGAUAAAUACUUUGCUAUAAGGAAUGUCAUUGGUGACUAUCUGCCGUUGCCAAAUAUGUCCCUUCCAACUGCAUCUCCAAAAGGUAAUUACGGUCCAGUAUUUUUGGAACCGGUACUGAAAUUGCUCGACAGUCGAUCUCCAUUCGUGAUGAUCCAAGAGACUAGCGAUCAACCUAAAACCUUUGAGGCUCUUUCGGUCAACCAAGGAUUUGUCCUUUACGAGUCGAACUUGCCGCCUUCUUUCUCGGACCCAGCUAUACUGCGAGCAAUGACAAUGGACAGGGCGCUGGUUUACGUGGAUAAUCGACUAUGCGGCACUCUGAGUCGUAUUGAUAAGAUAUUUACUAUACCAUUAGUGAACCCUUACGGCCGUCGCUUGAGUCUAUUGGUGGAAAAUCAAGGACGUUUGAAUUUCGGCAAUGAAAUUCAUGAUUUCAAGGGGAUAUCGAACGUAACUAUCAGCGGCACACCACUGACCGGCUGGAAUAUGACAGGGUUCGCAUUUUCCGAUGUAUCCUCUCUCCGGAACAUGGCAACCAUACGCAUUGACAGCGGUACUUUGAACAACGGUCCGGUAUUUUUACGUGGACAAUUCACGAUCGUCGGACAACCGUUGGACACGUUUCUGGACACUACC